CAAACUGAUUGUUGAAUGCGUAUGAGCAUUUGACAUUCCCUCGGCCACUUGCCCCACUUUUCCAACCAAACUCUUUACAGUUCUUUCCUUCUUUCUCUUUCUCUUUCAAUUCCAUCCAAAAAUCAAUCCACCUUCCUUCCUUCACCGGUUCUCACCCAAAAUCCAACACCUCAAUUAGUAAUUCCCCACACCAAACCAACCAACCCAUCCAUUUCUUCUCUACCUCUCUUGAAAUCAGAAACACAAAUAAAUUGUUCACAGAAGAAGAAGGGACAAGUCGCAGCUGAAGUCCACAGCUCAUCCCAAUGGAGCAACGGCCCUUACUAAUUGAUGGGUUUCAGGAUGCUUCCUGCUUCACUACUUCCCAGAACACAAUGCCCUCUUCCUCCUCAGAUUACCAUCAGAUUGUUAUGAAUGAUGAUGAUGAUGAUGGGGAAGAGGAAGAUGAUGAUGGGCUGUUGGGUGAUUGUGGGUACUCAAGACCCUUUUUUAUUAUUGAUGUAAUAUGGAAUAUGGCAUUUGUUUUGGUGUCCAUUUUUAUGCUGUUGAGCACCAUAGGAGAGAGUCCAUCUGCACCCUUAAGGCUCUGGAUUGGUGGGUAUGCCCUACAGUGUCUCCUGCAUGUGGGUUUUGUGUGGGUUGAGCACCAGAGGAUGGUGGUGGUGAGAUAUCAUAGUCUUCAUUCUCAUGCCCUCUCCAUAUUUAAUCUCUGUCACUCCAGUAUCAUGCAGAGUUUGGAGGCAGUUAAUACAGUGAUAUCAUCAAUCUGGUGGGUUUUUGGUUUGUAUUGGAUUAUCAUGGGUGGCCAAGCACUUCUGCAAGAUUCUCCCCAUCUUUACUGGUUAUCUGUGACUUUUUUGGCAUUUGAUGUGUUCUUUGUGAUCUUUUGCAUCACAAUGGUAUUCAUGCUUUUCUUUGCAUUCUUCUGUUGCGUUCCGAUUCUCGUAGCAGUUGCCUAUGCAAUGAAACUGCGAGAGGGAGCAUCUGAAAAUGACAUCAUGACUCUUCCCAAGUACUCGUAUGUCCACUCCAGUAAUGCUAAUAGUAGCAUUUCAAAAUUCUCAUAUGAUGAUAACAUGACAUUGGAAGAAGGCUUGUCCACACCCGUCCUUUCUCUUAAUCUGGAGGACUCCGUGAGCAUCAAUCUCUUACCAUAUUUCUUCCAUUUUAAAUUAUAGGAGUUAAUAAAUAAUGGAUGAUAAUAUGAUUUUUAUACUGACCACAUGGUGAAGGUGACUUCUUCCAUUUCAGUUUUACACUGUGGUGACUAUGAUGAUAUUUUCACUGACCGUGUAGUAAUAUUUUUGCCAAUAGUAAGAAAAUACUCAAUAAUAAAUUCACCCUGAAUAAUGAAAAAUAAAAUGUUUUUCUCUAUUUCGCACUCUCACAUGGUGAAGGUGACUUCUUUCAGGAGUGUAGUAUUUGCUUGAAUAGGUAUAGUGAAGGAGUGGAGCUGUGUAGGCUUCCGUGUAACCACCAUUUCCACCACGGCUGUGUUUGCAAAUGGCUGCGGAUUAAUGCAACCUGCCCUCUCUGCAAAUUUAACAUCCUCAGGAAAGAAACAUUGGUGUAAUUAAUAUGUUUUCCCCGGAUGGCCUAUGUACAGGAAAUUAAAAUGAGUAUACCCCUUCCCUUAACUUCUAAGAUGAGAAGGGAAUGAGGAUCAAGUGAUGCAGUCAUUCUGCUCUAAAUUGAAAAAAAUGUAAAGAUCAUUGUUACAAAUUUGUUAUACAUACCAUCAUUGGGUAACAUCAGUAAAUUCGCCUCAUCUUCAGCUCUUAGUACAUUGCUUUCUUG